UCCAACUGCCGACCUUUUGAUUAGCAGACCAGGGCUUAACCACUGCGCCACCAGGGAUAUAGAGUUGAAAAAAAUUUUAAACACAACAAAAGUUUUGCGUUUUAGUGGUAGUAUUUAAAAUUGAACUCUGUCAUCAGUUCUUUCACUUACUUUCAAAAGCCUUGGACAAGAUAUUUUCAUUAUGAAUUCUCAACUUUUUAAAGACUUCCACUAUUUUAUUCUUAUUAUCACUCAUUGACUUGAGAAUUAGUUACCCACCCACAUAGGGUAAGUUUGCUGUUGUACUGCUUUCUUUUGUAUAUACACGUAACCCAUAUAUAUUGUAAAUUAGGACUCAGGAAGAAUGAGGAAGACUUCUAAAUACUUGUGUUAGCUUAGUGAAAGUAAAAUGCACCUCAGAAUUUUUAGGAUUAUGUUUAGGGCUUGGACCUAUAACUGAGCUCUUAAAAUUUUCUUCAGUUUAAAACUCUUUUCUGAUCCCUUCAAAACUUUACUACUUCUUACUAUAUUUUGAAACAUAAAUCAAUUUUAAAGGCUGGAUCCUGGUGGGAGGUGAGACUUGUCCCUAAAUGUUAUGUCUUUUUGUCAAUAACCACCCAGGUCUUGUAUCAGUUCAUACAUGGAAUCUAAAGCUGGGGAGGCCACUGGCCUCCCAAAAAAUAAAACACAGUCAAGUCAGUUCUGAAAUAAAAUGUCAUUUCAAACUCCUGAAAGUGAGUUUUGUAAAAUACCGAAGAACAGGUUUCAAUAGAGUUCCAGUGAGCUGCUCUGGUUGUGCAACCAUGUGUAAGGUGUCUGUGGGCUCCUGAAGACAGAGUUGGGGAAUGUUCAUUUUAACAACAAUAGUUUCAUGUGCCCAAAUUCUAAACAAGCUGAUCAAUCUGUUUAAAAUGAUGCAGUCUGGACUUCACAUCUUCUGUAUUCCUUUCUGUGGUGUUUGAAUAAAGCUGUUUGAUUUGAUUGUAAUCAUGUGGAAGAGGAAGACAUGGCAAAUCUUAUUCUUAAUGAAAAGGCUAUUUCUCAAGGAUUGUUUGGUGUUCUGUCCUACUUUGCAUAUCGAUGACUAUACAGUGGGAUGGGAGUUAACUUUAUACUUUUUGUAGUGUUUGGAUACACAGUCAUUUGAUGGGACAACUCUACUACUGACACUUUGCAAGUUUAGAAAGUGUGAAGUUGCCCUAAUAAAAAAGAAAAUCCAUACCAUGCCUCAAAAUGUUCACUAAUCAUUUUAAAAAAUGUUUUAACAAAUGGAGUUAAUAAGAAUUAAACCAAAUAUCACUUUAGUCAGUAAAUUUAUGCAAAUAAACAUACCAUGUGCUUGAUUCUUCCACUUGCAAAGCCAUUACCUCAGUGUAUCAUAGGUGCAUAGAUGAAUGAAUGAAUUUAUGCACUAAAAACGGCAUGACACAAUUCAAGCGAUCGUAAGAAAUGAAGCAGAGGCAUUUGGUAGGGUAAAUCAUCUCAUGGCUACCUCACAGGAGCAGUUUUCUUGAUUGAAUAAUUUUUGAGCUGGUCAGAAGGGUAAAAAGAAAAUAAUUGAUAAAGAGAGCAUUGAUAUCAGGAAGAGGAGGUGGCUGGGAAUUGGUGCAAAAUUGUACACCUUUACAAAGUAAUUUUCAACUCUAGCAUAUGUGAUACAAAACAACAUUAUCUAAAAAUGUUGGAGGAAUAAAAUUUGAUGAAAGGAUAAAAAAUGUUUCAGCACGUCAUAAAUAAUAAAGAGAAGUGAAAUUAGGAGAUUCUGAAGUUUCUGAGGGCAAGUGCUGUGUCUUAUUCAUUGCUAUAUAUCCACUGCAAACCUUGGCAUAAGGUAAUAGUUUAAACAUGGUAGUAGAAUGGCAAAAUAAAUGGACCAAUAUUUGUAGGUUUGCAUAAAGACCCAACAUGAUAUUCCUAACAGUUUUAAAACUUGAGAAAAGGUAUCUUAACAGGAGUGUUUAUAAUUUAAGCUUUUAAUUAUACGGACGUAAAAACAUGUCUUUGUCAAUUAGACGCACAAUGAUUGUAGCUGGUUAAACUGAAGCAGCAGAGGCUGCAGUUUCCUAGUGCGGACUCUGGGCGCCGCUGUUGGCCAAAGUGGAGAGCUUGGUGUUCGCUCUCUUCUUGCGCAGACGCAGCGCACUUUCCAAGGCAGCUCCAUGUCACACUUGCGCGAGCAUUUCACCAUUUCCUCCUCUGGAAAGGAAUCCCGGGCUCCCACUACUGGAACUAAAAGCCGAUCGGAGCUCCAGACACCUGAGGUUAUUUGUAACCCUGCGUCUCCAGGCUGGUGAGCAAACUGAGGGGAGCCAGAGGGAUGGGGAGCGGCGCUGGGGAGUGGGGCUGGGCUGAGAGGCGGCGAGUGCUCUUUCCCUUCCUGCUGUCUUUGUUCUGCCCGGCGCUCUCUGAGCAGAUCCGCUACAGGAUUCCCGAGGAAAUGUCCAAGGGCUCGGUGGUGGGGAACCUGGCCAAGGACCUAGGGCUCAGUGUCCACGAGUUACCGACUCGAAAACUGCGAGUCAGUUCGGAGAAGCCUUACUUUGCUGUGAGCUCAGAGAGUGGAGAGUUACUUGUGAGCAGCAGGCUAGACAGGGAGCAGAUAUGCGGGAAGAAGCCAGUGUGUGCUCUGGAAUUUGAAGCUGUUGCUGAAAAUCCGUUGAACUUUUAUCACGUGAAUGUGGAGAUCGAGGAUGUCAAUGACCACACGCCAAAAUUCACGCAAACUGCUUUUGAACUUCAAAUAAGUGAGUCUGCACAGCCCGGCACGCGAUUUAUAUUAGACGUAGCGGAGGAUGCGGAUAUUGGCGCCAACUCUCUACAGAAUUAUAAACUCUCUCCUAGCCCUAGUUUCUCAUUGAUAACUAAGGAAAAACAAGAUGGCAGUAAAUACCCCGAACUGGUGUUGGAGAAACCUUUAGACCGGGAACAACAGAGUUAUCAUCGUUUAGUCCUGAAUGCCGUGGACGGCGGGGAUCCAACCCUAAGCGGCACCACUGAGCUCAGGAUCCAGAUUACUGAUGCCAAUGAUAACCCCCCUGUAUUCAACCAGAACGUAUACAGAGUCACCCUUCGGGAAAACGUGCCCCCAGGCACCCCUGUGCUACAGGUGUCAGCCACCGACCAGGACGAGGGCGUCAACUCAGAAAUCACUUAUUCCUUCCACAGACCUGGUCAAGUCUUUGAUCUGAAUUCAAGUACCGGGGAAAUUACAACUCUAAGAACACUGGAUUUCGAAGAAACAAAAAAAUAUUCUAUAGUGGUGGAAGGAAGGGAUGGGGGAGGACUGGUUGCCCAAUGUACAGUUGAAAUUGACAUUCAAGAUGAAAAUGACAAUAGCCCAGAAGUUACAGUUCAUGCUCUACUCGAAAUGAUUCCGGAAAACGCAGUGCCGGAAACACUGAUUGCUUUGAUCAAAAUACAUGACCAAGAUUCCGGGGAAAAUGGAGAGGUUAAUUGUCGGUUAGAAGGUGUAGUCCCUUUUCAGAUAAUUUCUUCAUCAAAAAAUUCAUACAAGUUGGUGACAGACGGAGACUUGGACCGAGAGCAAACACCAGAGUACAACGUCACCAUCACAGCCACUGACAGAGGCAAGCCACCACUCUCCUCCAGGACAGGCAUCACUCUGCACAUCGCUGAUGUCAACGACAACACGCCAGUUUUCCACCAGGCCUCCUACAUGGUUCACGUGGCUGAGAACAACCCUCCUGGCGCCUCCAUCGCGCAAGUCAGCGCUUCCGACCCGGAUUUGGGACCCAAUGGACAUAUAUCUUACUCCAUCUUGGCCAGCGACCUGGAACCUGGAGCGCUGUCAUCCUACGUGUCUGUGAGCGCGCAGAGCGGGGUGGUGUUCGCGCAGCGCGCCUUCGACCACGAGCAGCUGCGCGCCUUCGAGCUGACGCUGCAGGCACGUGACCAGGGCUCGCCCCCGCUCAGCGCCAACGUCAGCCUGCGCGUGUUGGUGGACGACCGCAACGACAACGCGCCCAGGGUGCUGUACCCGGCACUGGGACCCGACGGCUCAGCGCUCUUCGACACGGUGCCGCGCGCAGCGCAGCCGGGCUACCUGGUCACCAAAGUGGUGGCGGUGGACGCAGACUCGGGACACAACGCCUGGCUGUCCUACCACGUGCUGCAGGCCAGCGAGCCCGGGCUUUUCAGCCUGGGGCUGCGCACCGGCGAGGUGCGCACGGCACGCACCUUGGGCGAAAGGGACGCGACCCGCCAGCGCCUGCUGGUCGCCGUGCGCGACGGAGGGCAACCGUCCCUCUCGGCCACUGCCACGCUGCACCUGGUCUUUGCAGAUAGCCUGCAGGAGGCGCUGCCGGAUCUCACCGACCGCCGCGAGCCCUCUGACCCCCAAACUGAGCUGCAGUUUUACCUGGUCUUGGCUUUGGCCUUGAUCUCUAUGCUCUUCCUCCUCGCGGUGAUUCUGGCCAUUGCCCUGCGCCUGAGACGCUCCUCCAGCCCCGCCCCCUGGAACUGCUUUCAGCCUGGAUUCUGCUCCAAGUCUGGACCUGUAGUUCCCCCCAACUACAGUGAGGGGACUUUGCCUUAUUCUUACAAUCUGUGUGUUGCGCAGACAGGAAAGACAGAAUUUAAUUUCCUGAAAUGUAAUGAGCAAUUGAAUUCAGGACAAGAAAUAGUUUGUGGUGAUUCUUCAGGGACCUUAUUUCCACUUUGUAGUUCAAGCGAGCCAACUUCUCAUCCUGAGACUUUAACACCGGUGAGUUUCGUUAGUGUCUUCUCCUUUUUACCAUCCACCCAAUUUUCCAUAUUUACAUGAAAAUAUAUUCUAUUACUAUAUCUAGUCAGUUGUCUUAGGAAAGUUAUAGUCAGUCAAAAAGCUGGCAUUUCUUUCUUCAAGGAGAGCGUGAAUUGGGAGUAGCUAUGGGUGGUGAAAAUGGUUUGCUGUUGACUACUAACCUAAAGGUUGGCGGUUGGAACCCACCGAGCAGUGCCUCGAAAGAAAGACCUGGCAAUCUCCUUCCAUAAAGAUUACAGUC